AUGAACGGCAGCGUCCAGGACAUAGGGGAGGGCGCUAUCGGCAGUGGUGAGACCGGUGUUCCGCCCUUCGAUGCGGUUAGUUCUUUAAGCGAGGAAAUCCCAGUCGACCCAGAUGGAGAUCUUGUCCUUCGCGCAGGGCAGCAAACGGAGGAGCCCGAGAAAUCAUUCCGCGUUUGCACGAGUGCACUACGGCGCUCAUCCCAGGUGUGGAAAAAGAUGCUCUUUGGCCCGUUCAAAGAGUCCAAACCGGCUUUCGGGACAUGGCUCGUCAACCUCCCCGACGACGAUCCCGAUGCUUUGGGAAUUCUCCUAAACAUCAUCCAUGCGAAUUUUCCCCUGGUACCGACCGCGCCGAGCCUGGCCGAGCUAUACGAGGUUUUCCGGAUGGCGAACAAAUACGACAUGAUCCCAGCGCUGAAGCCGUGGGCAAAUGCAUGGUUGGAAGUGGCAGAGAGUUAUGCCACUACGGCAGACGGGAGGAGCAUGGCUGCGUUAACAUACGUCGCAUGGGAACUGGGCCAGGUUGAGCUGCACAGAAAGAUGAUGAAAGAGUUGUUGCUUUAUUCGUCCAUUGACAAAGACGGCCAGAUGGUCACCGGCGACGGCGUGGUAUUGGAUGACUUUGAUCCCAUCGGCCCUCCAGGGUUACUCGGUAAGGGCUUUAUACGGUUUGGUGAUAUGAACUGGUAUUGA